AUGGAGGUUGCACCGCUGACCUUGGCCCACACCCACGCACGCAACGCCGUCCUCGAAACUCGCAAGUCCAACCCCGUUGCUGCUAGCGAGGAACAUGAUCUGGCCGCCGGUGAGUUUGCGACCGCCGCCCAGAGCACUUCCGAUCAAGAGGCCCUCCGUACCUUGCGGCUCCUCGAGCAUCACCACAAGAAGCUAGCCGAGAUAUUAAGAUUCCAGCAUGAGCACCCUAAUAGUGCAGCUGUUGGAGCAGCGUCCGCUGCUUCCCCUAGCAACACAACGGCCCAGCCUUCUGUAACCGAUGCGCGGGCCGUCAAGGUUGCAAGCCAAGAUGCCCAAGGCCAACCUCCGAGACUGCCAGGCAAUCCUCGCUUGCCAAGUCGCGAGUCUUCCUCCAUCGCUAGUAAUCUGGCGUCUGCGAGAGGUAUACCUGCUCAUCCUCGCCGUGGGUCGCCAGUGUCACCGACCCUUUCCACGCAGCAAGCCGGAGCAAAGAUGAUCGACGGGCCAUCAAAAAUCAGAACAGGAGAGUCAAGAACGCGAGACGCCUCAGCAAAGAAUCAGAACAGUCGCACAACUAGACAGCCCUGGUCUCCGCCGUUGCCCAGUCCCACCGAUGUCAUGUCUCAGCAAGUUGUGCCUUCGGAAGCUGCCGAGUCAACUCCUUCAAAAGACCAACCAUCCCCUACAGAGGAUUCUUUCCAGCGGUUCUACUCUACCUUUGAAGGUUUGAUCUCCAGAAUUUCUGCACCUCUAGCGUUUGCAGGUCUUCCUUUGGGAGCGGACGAUGCUACAAAAUCGACAUCGGCCAAUCGGAAAUCUCCCGCAGAGACUAAGCUGGACCGCCAUCAUGCCACUUCAGACCGCAAAUCUACCUUCAAGGAGCCAGACGUGAACCGACUAUUUUCGAGAGCAGCUCUGCGUUCUAUCCAUGACAUGCCCGGUACUGGCCCUGGAAACCCGGCCGAGUCUUUCUAUGUUGUUCCUACAACUGGAGGAACGAUGUCAUAUGCAGGAAUUCUGUCUCGGGCUGAGAAAGAGGCACGUCGAAGUAGCUUCGAGGAAGGCGAGGAUGACUUUGUAGAUGCGCGAGAAACUCCUUCGUCUCCUGAGUUGCGACAUAGUAUCAGCAGUGCUUCGCGGGUAUCACGCCGUGGUGCCUCUGACAAACUCACGACCCUACAGAAUCCGAAGACAUUGGAAGAACUGCAGAUGGAGAAUCAGGCUCUGAAACAACUAUCAGAUACUCUGUCGAAACGCUUACACAUGUGGGAGGUCAAUGCACAAUCCUCAUCCGUGGCGCUACAGCAGUCUCUAAGAGCCAUGCACCACCAUAAUUCUGGAGCUUCGGAGUACUAUACACAGGGCUCCCCGGCGGCCAUUUCCCCAACGGCAACGCUCACCGCGGCACCGGGUACUUCAGAUGCCGAUGCCCGGGUCAAAGAGCUGGAGGAUCUCGUCCGCCGCGGCGAACAGGAGCUGGACCGGGUAGGCCGUGAAAACGACAAACUCAACAAAGUACUUGGACGGUAUCGUGAUCGCUGGGAGAAGUUGAAGGAGGGUGCGAAGACAAGACGUGCAGAAGGUCGCUCGGCAGAUGGUCCAAGCAACCCAAGCACACCACUUGUGGGUAGCAAGAAAACCGAUCUUCCCCCGUCGCCGCAGCUGGGGAAUAAUGGUCCGUCAGGCAAAGCGGCUACUAGGAGAAGCUCUGGAUCAGAGCCAGAAGGCCUUGGGCUCGAAAAGAAUGCGGGUAACUAA